AUGUCUUCUGUGGAGCGCAAUCAAACGCCAGACGGCGACGACCUCGCUGAGGCGCAGUCUACAGACCUUCAGCCUCAAAUGACAGUUCAUCCCGUCAAUGGCUAUUCUAGCAUGCCCAUGCAUAUGUAUCCUUUCCCACCUGGCCUAGUUGCCACACAACCUCUUCGCUCCAAGCGCAGGCAAGUCAAGAACGCUUGCACAAACUGCCAGAAAGCAUGCAAGAAGUGUGACGACGCCCGUCCUUGCCUCCGUUGCGUCAAAUAUGGCAUUGCUGAAGAGUGUGUCGAUUCCCAACGCAAGGAGAGGAAAAAAGGCGUGAAAAGGGGACCCUACAAGAAGCGCGAUGGCAAAGGCACCAAUGCCGAUAUUGGCGAUGUGCCCGAGCAACCCAGCAUUCCCGUCACGACGGAAGUGCCAACCCAGUCGGCGUCGCCGCCUUUACAGGCAGCGUAUAUGGCGCCCAUUGGGUAUUCCAUGUUCCCGGGCCAGUUUCCGGGGUCACCUACUCCCAAGCCUGGUGAGGCUUCCCCAGCAUACUAUCCCCAGUUCUAUGCAAUUACGCCAGUGCCUCAUCCUGGACAAAAUGGGCAUCCAGGUCAAGACCCAGACCAAGGUUACCCGUCCAUGGCCCAGUACAUUCCGGCCGCAUUCCUUCCGUAUGCCCCACAGUCGUAUGGGUACAUGUAUCCGCACCGCCCUGACGGCCAGAUGCAGAUGAUGAAUCCCCAUUAUGCUCCGUAUCCACAGAUGUACGGCAAGCCGCCUUCGGCUGGAGGGUCAAGCGACUCUGGACAUCUCAAUGGGCGGAACCACGGUGAAGACUAAGUGAGGUGUAUAGCAUCUCGAAGGAUUCCUUUUGCCCCUUUAUUUUCUUGAUUUAGUGUGAUGUGCCCCUGUGAUGUCGUUUUGUGCAUUAAACUAAGGGCUUGUGUUCAACUUACAUGCAUCC